UGAGUCGCCGCCCUGGCAACAAGCUGCAGAGAGAUAAUAACAUCCGCCCUGCCUUCAUCAUCUUCAUCAUCUUCAUCGGCAUCAGCUGCUCCCGUUUGUUGAAGAAGAACAUUUUAAUGCGGGCUUUCUUUCUUUAUAUCUAACAUGGACAGUUUGCCAGCAGGAGAAGCGCGGUGUCUGAAGAGGAGAGUGAAAGGCUGUACUCUUGAUGUCCACCCCACUGAGAAAGCCCUCGUGGUUCAGUAUGAAGUGGAGGCAACUGUCUUGGGAGAGCUGGGGAACCCUAUGGUUGGAGAACGCAAAGAGUGUCAGAAAAUUAUUCGCCUGAAAAGCCUGAACGCCCACACAGAUACGUCCUCUUUGGCCCGGAAGGUCGUGGAGGAAUGUCGUCUGAUUCACUCGUCUAAACUCCGCGAGGUGGAGCAGCUGCUCUUCUAUUUGCAAAACCGCAAACAGUCAAACGACAUCCAAGAGAAGAAACGCAUCUCACCUCGAGACUUCGCACCUUACGCUGGAGUGGAGCUGGACGAGGAGGCGAGCAUCAACAGCAUCGAUGAGUAUGUGGAGCUGCUGUAUGAGGACGUCCAGGAGAAGAUCAGAGGAGCCACGCUCAUCUUCCAACUGGCUCGUAACCCAGACAACCUGGAGGAGCUCAUACAGAACGAGACGGCCCUUGGAGCCCUGGCCAGAGUUUUGAGGGAGGACUGGAAGCAGAGCGUGGACCUGGCAACAACCAUCAUCUAUAUCUUCUUUUGCUUCUCCAGUUUCUCCCAGUUCCAUGGCCUGGUCACACACUUCAAGAUCGGGGCGCUGUGUAUGAAUAUCAUUGAGCAUGAGCUGAAGAGGUACGACCUCUGGCAAGACGAGCUACAGAAGAAGAAGAAGGCCUAUGAAGAAUUCUCCGAGAACCAAAAUCUGAAGAAAGAACACGAGAAGUCUUUCAGAAAGUACCAGAGCCUUCUGACCAAGCAGGAGCAGCUUCUCAGAGUUGCUCUGUGUCUGCUGCUGAACCUGGCCGAAGACACCCGCACAGAGCUGAAGAUGAGGAACAAGAACAUCGUCCACAUGCUGGUGAAGAUCCUGGAGCGGGAAGACGAGGAGCUGCUGCUGGUGGUGGUCUCCUUCCUGAAGAAGCUCUCCAUCUUCCUGGAGAACAAGAAUGACAUGGCUGAAACAUUUGCCGUGGAGAAGCUGGCUCGGCUGGUUCCCUGCGAGAACGAGGAGCUCCUGAGCACCAACAUGCGCCUCCUGCUUAACCUCUCCUUCGACACGUCGCUGCGCAGCCAGAUGGUCCAGACAGGACUCCUUCCCAGAGUCUCCUCGCUGCUCGCUGACGAGGCCCAGAGACAGCUCAGCAUGUGCAUUCUGUACCACAUCAGCAUGGACGACAGAUUCAAGUCCAUGUUUGCCGACACAGACUGCAUACCGCAGCUGAUGAAGAUGGUGUUUGACUGCGGGGAGGAGAAGCUGGACGUUGAGCUCAUCUCACUCUGCAUCAACCUGGCUGCUAACAAAAGUAACGCAAAGGUCAUCUGUGAAGGCAACGGUGUGAAGAUGCUGAUGAAGCGUGCUGUGAAGCAUAAGGAUGUUCUGGUGAUGAAGAUGAUCAGAAACCUUUCUCAGCACAACGGACCCACCAAGAGCCUCUUCCUGGACCACGUCGGUGACCUGGCAGCUCAGAUCAGUGAGGAGGAGACAGAGGAGUUUGUGAUCGAGUGUCUGGGCACGCUGGCCAAUCUGACCAUCCCCGACCUGGACUGGGAGCUGGUGCUCAAGGAGUACAACCUGGUGCCCUACCUGAACGACCGACUCAAACCAGGUUCUGCUGAGGAUGACCUCAUUCUGGAGGUGGUGAUCAUGAUCGGCACCGUGUCCAUGGACGACUCUUGUGCAGCCAUGUUGGCCAAGUCUGGCAUCAUUCCUGCUCUCAUUGAGCUGCUCAAUGCCCGACAAGAGGACGAUGAGUUUGUGUGUCAGAUUGUCUACGUCUUCUACCAGAUGGUCUUUCACAAAGCUACCAGGGACGUCAUCGUCAUAGACACACAAGCCCCAGCGUACCUCAUCGACCUGAUGCACGACAACAACGCAGAGAUCCGCAAAGUCUGCAACAACACGCUGGAUAUCAUCGCUGAAUAUGACGAGGACUUGGGAAAGAAGAUCCAGAAUGAGAAGUUCCGCUGGUACAACGGUCAGUGGCUGGAGAUGGUGGAGAACCGUCUGAUGGAUGAAGCGGCAGAGCCCUUCCUGUACGGGGACGACAGAGAGUCCUACAUCGGGGACGGAGACAUCCUGGAGAGACCCGACCUGUUCUACAGCGCCGAUGGGAUCAUGUCAGCAGACGGCGACAUCAGUCCUGAGUUCUACACCGACUUCCAGGAUGGAGAGCCGGGACAGACUGGAUACAUGAGCAGCGCGUCGGAGCAGUUCGUCCCAGCAGAUCGACCCGUCAGCGCCUACGGCUUCCGCCCCGAUGAGCAGUUUUUCUACAACUACAGCACGGCCUCCCGGUAAACCUGGAAACCUCUCACACAUAAAUACAGUACACGCGUUGUGUCCCUGAUGUCCACUGUUCUUUAUACAUCUCUCAGCACUCUACAAGUCCUCACUGCUUAGGAGUUAUCGCAUUAACCAUUAAUUAGUCUGUUAAUGAGGCGAAUAAUCAGAACUCUCUAGAAUAAUUUUCUUGAUGUUAAAGCACCAAAAGUAAUCUGUUUUAUUUGAAUAUACUGACACUCAUUCAGGGAAAACUCCUGAAACAAGGAACAGACUCCAAGUGAAAGUACGUGACUUCUUAAUAUCAAGAACUCACCUGUCAUCCUUAAAACUCAGAACCUUAUUAACCUAUAUAUUAAGGUCAGUUUUAGAUUUAAUUUUGUAAACACUGUAUCAUUUGAAUGUUUCGUAAGUGAUUCAAGAACACAUGCUGUAGAUCAAACUUAAAUAUUUUUCUUUUUCGUGAUAAACUAGAAAGCUGUUGAUUUAACACUGGACUGCAUUCAGAUUUUUCAGAUUUUAACUGAAUGUGUUUUUGUUUUUUUACCACAGUCUGCCUAAUGUGAUCAUUCAUAAACACUGUUUCAGGCAAAAGAAAACAGCAAAAUGAAUGAGUGCGUUUUGAAAGAUAAGUCUGGUGUUAUUCUAUAUUUUUUCUUAUUGUCAACUAAUCUCAUGUUUGGACUCAAACCAACGUGUUCAUCUCCCAGUACUGUCUGACUUCCUGUCUGUGGCUCUCAGCUCCAAGCCCACUGGCUCCUACUGAAGACGUAAAUCGUUAAAAACACCUCACACAUAUUUCAUUU